UGCAUGCAAGCAUCUUAGCUUUAUAUAUUGAACGUAUAUCCAUGCUCCUGCAGCUUCGUUUUCUUUAGGCUACAUAGCCAUUCUUCAUAAUCAAACACAGAGAAAGAAGGUAGACUAUGGAAAGGAAGGGAAAGUCAAUAGUAGGAGCCAUUUCCAUUAUCCUUGUCGUUGGAGUGGUGGUUGGUUGUGUAGCUGUUGUUUCAGUUACUCGCCACAACGGCAAGGACAAGCUUUCGUCGAGUUCCAAGGCCGUGAUUGCAAUGUGUGAACCAGUUGAUUACAAAGAAGCUUGUGUUGAUAGCCUGGCCGCCGCUGCCAAAAAUGAAAGCGCCACCCCGAAAGACCUCAUCCGAUCCACCAUCGAAUACACCAUCCAACAGGUGAAAGGGGCAUUAGAGAAAUCAGGGGACAUUAUCAAAGAAGCAAAGAAUGUGAAUUCCACUGGCAAAAUGGCCUUCGAUGAUUGCAACGAAUUGUUGGAAUCAUCAACUGAGAGUCUUGAGUAUUCGCUUCUGACGCUUGUGGAUACUGAAAUACACAAAAUAAAUGAAAAAGAGGCUGAUCUUAAGAACUGGUUCAGUGCUGCAAUUUCAUUUCAGGAAUCGUGCAUUGAUGGGAUUCCUUACGAAGACCUUCAGAAACAAAUGAGCGAGGCGAUGGUCCAUGCUUCACAGCUGACCAGCAAUGCCUUAGCAAUUGUAUCUUCCCUUUCUAAAAUCCUAGGCGACUUCAACAUUCCUAUAAAACCUAACAAUAUCACGUCUACUGCUCGUCGUCUCCUGGAUGUAGAAAUUGAAACCGAUGAACAUGGCACUUUUCCAACAUGGUUUUCCGCUGCAGACAGAAAGCUUAUCGCCAAACCCAACAAGAACAAGAACAAUAACAACAUGAAUGCCGGAAAUAGGCCGGCUGUUACACCCAACGCAGUAGUCGCAAAAGAUGGGAGUGGACAAUACAAAACAAUCGGCGCAGCUCUUGCUGCAUACCCAAAAGGAUUUCAAGGAAGAUAUAUCAUAUAUGUGAAGGCUGGGAUUUACAAUGAGUACGUAACUGUGGCCAAGGGUCAGGACAAUGUGUACAUGUACGGAGAUGGACCUCGGAUGACCAUGGUCACCGGCAGUAAAAGCUUCGCUGAUGGUGUCACUACCCAGGACACUGCCACAUUCAUCGUACAGGGACAUGGGUUCAUAGCGAGAGCAAUGGGAUUUCAGAACACAGCCGGCCCUGAAAAGCAUCAGGCGGUGGCACUCCGAGUCCAGUCGGAUAUGUCAGCCUUCUUCAACUGCAGAAUGGAUGGCUACCAGGACACAUUGUAUGUGCAAGCCUAUCGGCAAUUUUAUCGAAACUGUGUCAUAUCCGGCACUGUUGACUUCAUUUUUGGCGACUCAACAACAGUCAUCCAGAAUAGUCUAAUCAUUGUGAGAAAGCCGAUGGAUAACCAGCAGAACACAGUGACUGCUCACGGAAGAAAAGAUCCGCGGGAAAGCACUGGUCUAGUUAUCCAGAACUGCAGGAUAGUCCCAGAGGAGCUUUUGUUUCCAUUGAGAUUCCAGAUCAAGUCAUACUUGGGGCGGCCAUGGAAGAUGUACUCGAGAACAGUUAUAAUGGAAUCCGAAUACGGGGACUUUAUCCAGCCAGCAGGUUGGCUGGAAUGGCAAGGGAAUUUUGCACUGGACACGUUGUAUUAUGCAGAGUAUGGAAAUCGGGGUCCGGGUGCUGUAACCACAGGAAGGGUAAAAUGGAAAGGGUUCCAUGUGAUUACAGACCGAAAAGUGGCUCUUGAAUUCACUCCAGGUAAUUUCCUACAAGGAGGUCUAUGGUUGAAAGACACUGGCGCACCCUACUUCCUGGGUUUGAAACAGUAG